UCUCGUCGCAGAGCAAGUGCGCGCUUGUACGUGCGCCUCUGUGUGCGAGGGAACAAAAUGGAGUCAGUUGACUGAUUGCAUAGUCUAUAUCAUUAUUAUGUAUAAUGUGUGUAGCACUUUUCAACAGCCGUAUAAUAUAAUGACACUUCCCGUAUAAAAUGAUUAUUUAGAAAAAAAGGAAACGAGAGCAAUGAAGUAAAUCGGUGAACGUUUCGGUGCAUCACCUCGCAGCACUGGUUUCAGAUGAACAAAGGAUUUGACAGUGCUGUAGCUGUUAAAACCAAUGUUUUUGCCAUCAUGCCACAGAAGCUGCUUAAAAAUGCCCAUUACAUAGAGUUGGGUAGCUAUCAGUACUGGCCAGUGCUAGUGCCACGAGGGAUUCGGCUGUACACAUAUGAACAAAUUCCUGUGUUCCUAAAAGAAAACCCUUACAUCACCGAUGGCUACAGAGCCUAUCUACCCUCAAGGCUUUGUCUUAAAAGCCUUUUCAUUCUUUCCAAUGAAACUGUGAAUAUCUGGAGUCAUUUGUUGGGCUUCUUUAUGUUUUUUACACUGGGUGUCUAUGACAUGACAGCAGUAUUACCGGCAGCGAAAGCUUCUAGAGAAGAUUAUGUUAUCUACUCCAUUGGGCUGUUUUGCUUUCAGGUGUGUAUGCUGUGUUCAGUGGGCUAUCAUUUAUUUUGUUGUCAUCGUUCAGAGAAAACAAGUCGACGUUGGAUGGCUCUGGAUUAUGCCGGAAUAUCGAUAGGAAUUUUAGGCUGCUAUGUUCCAGGUGUUUUCUAUGCCUUUUACUGUAAUGAUUAUUGGAGGCAAGUAUAUUUGAUCACAGUCCUAGCAAUGAUACUGGCAGUCUUCUUCGCCCAGAUUCACCCACAUUACCUUACCCAACAGUGGCACAGACUGCGGUCUGUCAUCUUCUGUUCAGUUGCUGGAUAUGGUGUGAUCCCCACAAUCCACUGGGUUUGGCUCAAUGGAGGAUUUGGUGCACUUAUUGUACAGGAAUUUGUUCCACGAGUUUUAGUGAUGUAUCUAAUAGCUGCUGUGGCCUUCCUCUUCUAUAUUUCUAAAGUUCCAGAAAGGUAUUUUCCAGGUCAGCUGAACUACUUGGGCUCAAGUCAUCAGGUGUGGCAUAUUCUGGUUGUGCUGAUGUUUUACUGGUGGCACCAGUCAGCUGUGUACAUCACACAGUAUAGACAUACCCAGCCUUGUCCCGAGGACCCAGUCCAUGCCUAAUCCCAGACAAAAUGCCUCGUCAGCUAAAGAACGUACGGUACCCACCAAGCCCCCUUCGAUUCAAGUGCCUAUGUACAGGUGAAUGCUAGGUGCUGCCUUGCUUGUUCUUCCACAAACUUUUGUACAUUUAUCAGAAGUUAUUUAAUUUAAAAGAAAACCAUUCAUUGUAAAACAUUUCUUCUCUUUGAUGUUUUAAUGUACAUUUUUGAUAUUCAAAAUGUAAUUAUAAACGUUUUGUUUUUUUACUGCUAUCAGUAUUUUAGUUCUUUUUCUCAGUGGUACGGUGAAAUACCCAAAAGUUAUGAGUUAGACAUGUCACAAAGGGUUAAAAAUCUACAAACAAGGCCAAAAUGUACUUAUUUCUUUAAAAUUGGUAUUGCAGAAAAUGUAUUGAAAUUAAAUAUGUCAGACAGUCUUUUAAGAAAAUAUCUGGCAUACAAAUUUAGCAGAAGCCUUGAUCUGCCAGCUUUCUUACAAAGCAUGGUUGAUGUGAGGACUCACACAUCCACUCUUACUGUAGAGAAACUGCUGAAUUUUGGUUGUUUAACUUUAUAAAUACUAAAGCAGGUUUUAUGUUUAAAUUCUCCUGCACUGCACUGGGUCCCUAGUCUUUAUAUUUUAAAUUGACAUUAACCUAGGGGGUAGCCUUGUGGUGUUGGCAUAAACUGAACGGAAUGUCAGGCUUGCCAGGCCGUGAUUUUUCAAAGAGGUACCCGUUGUACAGUUUGACGGACCGCGCGUGACUCUCUUAACAGGUUAUACGUAUUGUGAACCUUUUCUGUUGACAGGACUUGGAUAUUAAUAUUGUAAAUAAUGAAAGAGUGUGCACCAGCGUUCUACUUCUAGUAACAGGCUGCUGACAUUUACUUUUCAUGUGCAACGUGAGUAAGACAGGAGGGCACGCAUUGUUACUGCAGGUUUUAGAUUUGGGUGUUUGGAGGACUUUCUGAAAAUCUCAGUGUUGCAGUUUUUUUAAGUGAAUAAUAAAUGCUUUUAUUUUUUGGUGUAGGACAGGUGUGUUCUUUGUCUGAAAAUGCACUGCUAUUCUUUACAGAAGCUGAAUAUUGAUGGCACUUUAAUAUAUAUUUUUGGGAAACAAUCUGACUCAGAAAGUUUUUUUUUAAAAAAAAAAAAAAAAAAAGCAACUUAAUGUAAAACUCUGUUUACUUAAUCACGUGUAACAAAUGAUGUUUUUGUCAAUCUGUAAUGUGUGCAUCUUGUUUCAGGUGAUAGUCAUUCUUAUUUACAGUAACCCUGUUAAAGCCAAAGCAGGCAUUGCUUGAUAUUCUUCAGAUUCCUAAGGAGUGUUACUGUAGACAGACUUUGGAAUAUACGGUUUAACAGUGAAAUGGUGCAGAAGCCCAGUAAAGGCUGUCAUUUACUAGCGCAAACUGGAGGCAGAUUUACUGGUGUGAAUUCCUACUGUGAAGGUGAGUUACUGUUGGCACUAAGCAGAAAGCUUGUCAUUUAAGGCACUGAACGUACCAUGAUGGUGCAUGUAGCGAGACGUAAGUCCUGUUUGUGCUUCUUGGUAAAGAAGUUCAUAUCCUCAAGUUGCAGCACUUGUCUGGUAACAGUGUGUUUAACUACUCAAGUUAUUUUUAAGGUAGUGUAUGUGAAGUACUGUACUGACAUGACUUAAAAAAAGAAGUGUCUGGCAUUUAAUUCUAAUGCAUGCUUUAUAAUCAAAUGUAUUUAUUUUGAGUAGUAUAUGUAAUGAUGAAUGGCAUUCCUGGUAUUGCAUUGUUUUAAUAAAAAAAGAAACCUGAAACAAGUGAA